AGCAAAGUACAUUGUGUUUGAAAGCUGCCUCGGACAGCUGUUUGAAAAAUGUCCGGUGUGUAAGAGAGACUGUGAUGUCCAAAGACGAAAACUGGGGACUUUUGUGGCGUUCACACAGCGUUGUCCAAGCUGCAGUUACCUCAGACAAUGGGAGAGCCAGCCCGUCGUCGGAAGUACCCCGGUUGGCAACUUGCAAUUAUCCGCUGCUACAUACUUCAGUGGUGGUUCCUUCUUCCAACUACAAAAGAUAUGCAGAGCCAUGCAGCUGGAGAUCUUCCAGUAUGAGACCUUCAGGAGGCAUGCUAGGAAUUACCUGGAGCCUGCUAUUAUCCACAAGUGGAAGACUGAUCAGCUGAAGAUUUUCCAGCAACUACACCACCAGGGGGGAAAGGUCACAGUUGCAGGAGAUAUGAGAGCAGACUCUCCAGGGCACUCAGCGAAGUUCGGAAGCUACACACUCAUGCGCCUGGGAAGCAAUACCAUUGUGGACUUCCAGCUUGUUCAGAGCAAUGAAGUUGGUGGUAGUUAUCACAUGGAAAAGGAGGGACUGAAAAGAUGCCUAGAUCAUCUGGAGUCAAACAAUUUGGCGGUUGAGUACAUUGUGACUGACCGUCAUCCACAGAUCCAGAAGUUUCUGAGGGAAUGCAACAUAGAACAAUUCUAUGAUGUGUGGCACUUUGAAAAAGGUUUGUCCAAGAAACUUGUGAAACUUUCACAGAACAAGGACUGCAAGUUGUUGAAGAGGUGGCUGCACAGCAUAAAAAACCAUGUAUACUGGAGUGCGACGAGCACAACCUCGGGGCCGGAGAAGGUGGCAAGGUGGACGUCAGUCGUCAACCACCUACAAAACAUUCACGUGCACGACGACCCCCUAUUCCCCAAGUGUGAACAUCCCGAAAGAGCCACAACAGAUGCAAAUAAAUGGCUAAAACCUGAUUCAAUAACACUCCACAAAGUUGAGAAAAUACUCAACAACACGAGAGUUCUCAAAGAUGUGCAAGCUAAGCCAUCACUACUAGACCUCAUCGCUGGAGUCCUUCCACAGCUUGAUUCUGCGUUUUGCCCCCAAAAAUGUGGUUUUCCCCUUCAUGGGAAUGUUGUGCAGGUUGUGUCUAGCAGCCAUGCAUCACAAUGAGAAUGCUGACCGUGAGCAAGCCACAACAGCUGCAGGACUACCGGUGUACAAAUUGGCCUAUCCAAAAGCAAGGAGGGGAGAAUGUA